GGCGAGCCCCUCAGCUUCCGCGUCAGCAUCCCUUCAAAUAGCCGCUGUCACUUGACUGCUGCACGCACAGACUGGCAUUUGCAAGGCACAAAAAGGGGGAUCCAAAUCAGACAUUUGUGCGUUAACAUCAGCUUUUAUGUUGCAUGGUGACGGCAAUGAGCGAUGAGCGCUGAGAGUCGGUAAAGGAGAUUUGGAGCCCUGGCAGGAAGGAUAGCGAUGUUCAACGCGCCUCGUCCCGGGAGAAGUCAACCCAGAAGCUGGCAGCAAGAGACGGAGAUGCUCCUCUAGAGCACCGGCAGGUCGAGUUUUCCUGAGCAGAGCGAUUGUGUGGCGGAGUUUGAGCUGAGAGUGGAAGUGAGUGGGCGCGAGAGGGAUCGUGUGUCAUGGCUGACAGCGAAGGGACCAAUCUCGAGGACCCUCCCUACAAAAACCUGCUGCUCCUGGGGGCCAUCGCAGCAGCGUCGGCCUUCGUGGUCACCAUCCUCAUCGUCCUCGUCUGUGUGGGCUGCCAGAGAAAAAGUAAGAGCAAGCACCCUUCAGCCGGAGAGAAAGGCACAUCAGUAAAUAUGCAGGGUACCCUUCGACAUCCAAAACUGAAUUCCAUGAGCAAAUCGGACACCAGGCUGCAUGAGAUCAAUCGCUUUCCCUGCAACGGGAACUCUGUUAGUAAGAGCCGUCCCGCCAGCAUGGACCUGCUGCUCCUCCACAGUCGGCGCUCCCAGAAUGACCUGAGGCCAUCUCAGGGGCGCCAGCUUCCGCAGAUCCCCACCAGCCCCCAGGGAUCCAGCCAAGGAGGAGAAGGGGACGUCGGAGGAGAUGGGGGAGGCGGGGAGGCGAGAGACCACACUUACACAGAGGUGGCCCUGCGGAAUAAUCCGACGCCGACGCACGUCUUGGACGACGGCCUGUACGAGACUGUCAGUGUCCGGGAAGGGGAAGCGGGCCCCAAAGCACCCACGGCGCCACCGCCAACAUCAACUAACAUUCCGACUUCAGUCAGGGCCUGCCAAAGCCCGCCUGCCCAGGCCGACGGAGCCCGUAAUGGCAAUGGAACCGGCGGCAAAGGGAAUGGCAUCAUUAACGAAACAAUGGCAGGGAAAAGUAAUGGGGCGAACGGGGUUAACAGGUCCCCCUUGUCCUCAGUCAACUCCCUGGCUAUCCAAGAACCAACUGCUGCCGAGUACGCUUCAAUUCGCAAGUUCCGAAAGGUUGACAAGACAAACAGGAAGGAAAAUAACGGCGCCGACAGCCAGUCAGACCAAUCGAGCGUGAGCGACUCGCCCUCAGCUGCUGCGCCGCAACUACAGCGCAGUCAGGAGUUUCCACGUAAAACCCUGGAGCCGUUUCACCUGCAUUCAUUCCCAAAGGAGCCGGUGUUUAUGGGCAAUGGUGAACAAUACAUCUGGAAGCCACCAGAGGAUGACGACAUCAUCACUUUACACCCGCCUCCGCCGCCGCACCGCAUUGAGAACGGACAGGGACACCCGUCUCCCCCGACAGCCAAGGAGAUUGCAGAUACCUACUCCAUUGUGUGCAAACCCCAGAAGAAAAAGACUUCCAUGGAAAGCAACGGAGCAAAGACCCUUCCACGCUCCUUUGGCGGCGAUAAAGGAAAGGGCCGGGGUCGAGGGGUCCAGGGCCAGGCGCGUUCCCAGGAGGAGCCAUGUUACGAGCCGACAGGUGACAGGGCCUGGCCCGCCUGUGUGGCAGCAGAGUCUGACACCGCGUACGCUACCAUUGACAGCCACCGUAAACGUGAGCAGGCCAGCACCAGUAAUAGCGUAGCUGGCGGCGCCGCCACCCUUAAGAGGAAGAAGCAACAGGCGCCAUCGGUUGCGCCUCAAGGCUCCGCGUCCAACCCCCUACCUGUUCGGGGCCUGCCCGGAGGAGAUAACUUCUAUGAGAGCAUCAGCGAUGUGAAAGGAGGCAACAGCUCCAGCACCACCACCAUCUUCACAUUUAAUGAUGGAAUGGAGAUGUACGUCACCGGCCUGUAGCGGGCAGACAUGCAGAUACGGCCCAGAAAGAUCGUAACAGAGACAGUCCUGUUCACUUGCCAUAAGGUUGCUGUACAUACUUUGAGAUACUAUGACUACGCCAGGCAAACGAAAUGACGAUCAAAUUUGUGUUGACAUCAGGUACAAACAGGGUUUAAAUCCAGGUUCAGACUUUUCCUUCAUUGCUCUAUAAUUUCGACCCUAAAAGGACCAAAAUAUUUUAUCAAAAAAAAAAAAGAAAAGGACAGAACAACUGGAAUAUUAAUCUUCAAACAUACUGUACCAGUGACUUUACUCAUGUUCAUGGGCAUCAUUUUCCAUAAUAUCUUUAUUUUUGUACGAACGGUGUUUAUUUGACUUGUGGCGUGACUCACAAUUUGAGCACAUUUGAAUAUAAAUAUAUGUACAGAAAACAUAAA